CCAUAUUGGUUCCGUUUUGUGUUCUAUCUUCCGGUUGAGCAACUCUGUCCGUUAUCAUUGGCACAAUACAUUAGCAAUUUUAGUCAAGACGACCAGCAUUAUUUGUUCCGUGCGGGGCUGCCAUAACCACUGGAAUAAAAGAGGGGUGCCCUUGCAGCAAUACUGUGUUGUACACGGGAAAACCAGGGCAGAAUGUUGUUGGGCAUCCUUCAAUCUUCAUCCUCCGCCAUCCAGCGAUGAGGACCGGCGUAUGUGGCUAGAGGCGCCAGAACCCUCCGAAAAAACCUUACUCUGUUCUUUUCAUUUUGUGGACGGCAGACCAUCAGAUCAACACCCAUACCCCGAGAAAUGGUUGGGAUAUGUUAUUCCUCUGGCGAAAAAGGCUCGUCGGAUGCUUGUGAGGCUCCAAGAACCCUCAACCAGCUCUGCAAUCCAGGAGACUAAUGGGUUGACUGAUGGGAUGACACAUCGUGAUGCUUCUACACAGGGGAAGUAUACAUUCGUGGAAGAUCACAUCUAUGCUGUCAGUGACUCACUCCAUUGUCCUCUCCUCCAUGACGAGGCAACACAGUGUCCUGAACAACAUCUUGUACACACCGAACUUCUCCGGAAUGAUCGGCUGUGUCUACUGUACACUGGGUUGUCAGUGGAUGCCUUUGAGGCUUUGUCCGACGACCUGAAAGAAGGAUGCAGCAUCUCUCAGCUACAUCCCAAGGAUCAACUGUUGAUGACCCUGAUGGAGCUCCGGCUGAACCUAUUGCAGGAUGACAUUGCAGAGAGGUUCAGAGUGUCUCAGUCUGUGGUCAGUAGGAUAAUCUCUCAGUGGCUGGACUUCAUGGAGGAGAAGAUGAGGUGGUAUGUUCCAUGGCUGCCCAGGGAGACAAUCCAGGCAACGAUGCCACAGAGCUUCAAGGAACAUUAUCCAUUAACCACAUACAAUCAAGUUCCUCAUAGCUAUUGCACCAUGUUGUUUGAUUAUGUUCAGCUCUGCAGCAUAUGGGAGAUGCAGUGACAAGUUCAUCACAGCCAACUCAGGGUUUCUGGAGUAUCUGCUUCCAGGUGAUGAGGUGAUGGCUGACCGAGGAGUUGUUAUCCAAGAUCUUCUGUUUGAACGUAAAGUCAAGCUCGUCCUGCCAGCUUUCACCAGAAGAGGCCUUCCCUUGUCCGAAGAAGACACCACCAACACGAGGCGCGUAGCCAACAUCUGAGUGCCAAUGAGAGGG